GGAUAUUUCAACAGCGCAUGCGUGCUGGAUUCGCAUUCUGUAUAUGUUGUGCUGUUAAAAUUUUAGUUAAACUCGAGUUUUAUUAAUUAUACAGUGAGCUGUACCAUCUAUAACUUUAUAGACAACAUGUCGUUUUGUUCUUUUUUCGGAAAGGAAGUGUACAAAGACCAUUUUAAACGAGGAAUAUAUGUUUGCUCCCAAUGUGCAAACCCACUAUUUUCCAGUAGAUCCAAAUAUGCCCACUCCUCACCUUGGCCAGCCUUCACAGAAACCAUCCAUGAGGACAGUGUGACUAAAGUGAUGGAGACACUCACGGCUUAUAAGGUCCUGUGUGGCAAGUGUGGCAAUGGACUAGGCCAUGAGUUUCUGAGUGACGGUCCAGAGGAAGGCAUGCCAAGAUUUUGAAUUUUUAGCCACUCGCUGAAGUUUGUCCCAAAAGACAAUGUUGACAAGAAUUAAAGCGAGGAUGGAGGUCUGUGACCAUGCUCUGUAGCUGCUGUUGCACGCACGUUAAGAGGAUGUUCAUUUCAUGAAGUGGACAGGGGAAGAUCCACCUGGAACCCCUGUUCACAGAUGUAUGUGGUCAUCCUGCUCUGUACCUCAGUGUAAAACAGUUGUAAUAUUUCAAAUAUGCACAAUAUUCUAGAAACAAAAACAGAUGAUUCCUCAUGGGUCAUAGUAAUUAAUAUUCUUCACUAAUCCAUAUUAAAUGGGUUAGUAUGACUUCUCUGGACCUAUGGUUCUCAAACUGGGAUCUGUGAUGUGUAGAGAUAAUUUAUUAUUACUUUUUAAAAGAGAUCAACUACUAUUAAUGUUAUUAUUUUACAUCUGCAUAUAAUUAACUAGUCAUUUGAAAUGAAAGGGGGUUAAUCUAAAGCACGUUAAUGUAUCAACAAAUAUUUCAGUUUUAUUUAAACUAGGUAAAAUAUGUUAAACAUUUCAUUUUCAACACUGUAUCUGGAUUAGGGUGGAACUUUCAGGAACAUUCAGGCUUCAAUAAAUAUGUAUAAUGGAUAAAUAUGUAUAAAGCAAAUAUAUUUACUUAUGCAGCCUAGUAAUAUGUGAAUAGUUCAACUAUUUGUAAAAUAAAUCUGUUCUACUAUUAA